UAAAAAUGGCGGAACUAUGACAUCAAAUUUUGUCUGAGCCCUAACAUUUUCAAUAUGCCAGUUUCGAACAAUUGCGGACAUAAAUGUACAGAAAAGAAAGAGAAAUACUAAUGAAAAUGGUUUAGUCAUGUUUUGUUGGGGUAAAUGCUCCGAAGGCCAGCUUGGGCUGGGAGAGAUUGAGGACGAAAAUAUCUUGUCUCCAAGGAAUCUUGAAACCACUUUCGGAACUGUGUCUGAAAUUAAAGACAUUGUUUGUGGCUGGGAGCAUACAGGGGUCUUGAAAAAGGACGGUGUUGUUUACACAUGUGGAAAUAACGAAAAUGGACAACUUGGGCGCGGUAAAGACGGAAAAAAGUUCGCUCGUGUUGAUGCACUUGAAACACGUACAGUCAAGGAGGUGGUUUGUGGACAAAUGCAUACCCUGGCUCUCACAGAUAAUGGACUUGUGCUUGCCUGGGGUGACAACACCAAAGGACAACUGGGUCUAGGAAACACAGAGAACACUUUCCAAAGCCUUCCAAAAAUUGUGAGGAGUCUUGAGACUGAUGGUGUAAAGGUAACACAAGUUGCUUGUGGAGCAAGGCAUUCUUUAGCGCUGAGUACAGGUGGAUUCUUGUUUUCCUGGGGAGACAAUAAACAUGGACAGUUAGGAAUUGGUAAUUCAAGCCCAGCCCGCAAUUUACCUGUACUUGUGUCUUCUUUGUGUGGUGUGCCCUUUGCCUUGCUCUGUGCUGGUGGAUAUCACAGCUUUGCCUUGUCACUUUCUGGAGCACUUUUCAGCUGGGGCAGAAACAACUUUGGCCAACUAGGAAUAAAUGACAACAAAGAUCAUUUUAUGCCUGUACUUGUAAAGUCCUUAAGAUCACAAAGGGUGCGCUAUGUCACAGCAGGAGAAUAUCAUACAGCUGCUUUGACAGAGGAUGGAGGGGUGUUUACAUUUGGUCAUGGUAAUUUUGGUCAACUUGGACAUAACUCUAAUAGUGAUGAAUAUAAUCCUAGAAAGGUUUUUGAACUAAUGGGAAAAGUUGUGACACAAGUUGCUUGUGGAAGGUUUCACACACUGGCCUAUGUUGCAUCAUCAGGAAAGCUGUUCUCAUUUGGCUCUGGAGUGAAUGGCCAACUGGGAAAUAACAAAGUCAUGUCAGUCAAUAGCCCUGUUGUUGUUCAAAAUAGCUGGGUGAAAGUUAAACCUGAGAAUCACCUUGCUGUCCAAAGAGUUGCUGCCGGUGGUGACCACUGCUUUAUUCUUGUAUCAAAAAUAAAUCAGGAUCACUGCAGUCCUUGUGAUUUCCGCAUUCAAGAUCAAUCUAAACACUUAUGGACUUUCUCAGAGUCCAGUGUAGUGGAAUUGGUUCAGCAGUUGGCACUUCCCAAUCCUUCACCACAUAUUUUUCAAAGAUUAGAGACAAUUUUCUCAUCCUAUUCAUGUUGGAAUGGAUCAUUUUUGGACAGACGGAACCAUGAACAAACAAGCUCUAGAAUCCAUGGCAUUCAUCUAGCAUCUGCAAGACGCUCCUUUAUUCUGCUCAGUCAAAUUAAACACAUGGCUGUUAUUACAAGGGGGAGAUGGUGGUCUUCUUUACCAUCAACCUAUUUUUCUCAUACAGUGAAGAUGUUUCAAGAUUGUGUAAAAUACUUGUUACACUUUCCUCCUCCAAAGUUUAUCAAUGACGAGGCCAUUAGACGUCAAGCAGCUCUGGCUACAUGUUUAAGUGUUUUAGAACAGCUUAACAUGGUUAACGCAGAGUGUGGUGGCAUUGUACCAUUUAAACAGUUUUAUAUUCCAGAGAUACAAGCAACCAUUGAUAUUAGAGCUGAUUACUUCAACUGGAUUCAAAAUCAGACUGUGACUAACCCUCAAGAAUUUUGGCGCCACCUUUAUGAUGGGCAAAGAUUUUCUUUCUGUCAGUUUCCAUUUGUAUUUGAUGCGGAAGCUAAGACUACGCUGCUUCAAACAGAUGCUGUCAUGCAGAUGCAAAGCGCUGUGGAAGAAGUAAAUCGUCGCAAUGUGAGGAUGCUGAUGCAACAGCUGCCUAUUGAUCCAGUGAACCCAAUACUUGUGAUUGUAGUGAAAAGGGACAGCAUCGUCAGUGACACUCUAGCACAGAUCAUGAAAUGUGGUCCUUAUGACUUGAAGAAACCUCUCAAGGUCGUGUUUCAUGGUGAAGAGGGUGUUGAUGCUGGUGGUGUAAGAAAGGAAUUUUUCUUGCUGCUUUUGACGGAGAUCUUGGACCCCAAAUAUGGCAUGUUUACCUACAUUGAAGAGUCUCAGACCAUUUGGUUUAGUGAUUUGUCAUUUGAAGAGAGUCCAAUGUUUCUGUUGAUUGGUGUCAUCUGUGGACUGGCCAUCUAUAACUCUACUAUCAUCGACCUCAGAUUUCCUCCCGUGUUGUAUAAGAAACUUUUAGGCAGGAAACCGACUCUUGAUGACUUCAGAGGUUAUAAACCUGCAGUUGCCAAGAAUCUUGAGUAUUUGUUGGAGUACGAUGAAGCAGAUGGCGACCUGGCGGAAACGGUUGGACUCAAUUUUCAGGUUGUACGCGAGAAGUACGGAACAUUAGAAUACAUAGAUUUGAUUCCAGACGGAGGAAACACUCCAGUCAAUCUCGAAAACAGAGAGCAGUAUGUGGAUGUGUAUAUCGAUUACUAUUUGAACAAGUCUGUCGAGAAACAGUUCGAGGCUUUUUGUACAGGAUUUCACCGCGUGUGUGGUGGAAAAGUCAUGGAGUUUUUUCAUCCGGAGGAGCUCAUGCAGAUGGUGGUGGGAUGUCAAGAUUAUGACUUCAGAGAACUCGAAAAGGUAGCGGUGUACAAGGGAGAGUAUUACAGGGACCACUCUGUCAUAAGAAAUUUCUGGGGAGUUUUCUUUGACUUUCCAUUCAAAAUGAAGAAAAAGUUCCUAGCUUUCCUAACCGGAAGUGACAGAGUACCAAUUUUAGGAAUGAAAUCCAUGAAGAUUAUAAUUCAGCCCGUUGCUGGAGGAAAACAUGGAGAUCACCUUCCUGUGGCUCACACGUGCUUCAAUCUGCUGGAUUUACCGAGAUACCCAACAAGACAAAUGAUGUCAACAAAACUGAGCCAAGCAGUAGAGUACUCAACCGGCUUUGGGCUUGCGUAAAAAAAUACACCAGUCAUUUUUAUGCUAAGUGGACUUAUUCCCGGCUUUCUGGAGGCAUUAGUUUGUGUUAAAAACUAGUUAUUGGUUAAGAGAGUGAGAUAAAAAGCUUCUGCGAUGAUCCAAAUAACAGCGACAUGACAAACUAACCGAGGAUGUGGCCACGCCCUUCAAGUACUGUUAUCAGUCCUGCUUCGUUGGUAAGGACAAAAUGCGAGAGUGCCUUCCCAAACAAAGGAUUUGCGAUUUGUUGUGAGGCAAUGGAAAACACGCACGCUGUACGUUUGUCAAAGGUACAAAUUGCACUGGUCCGAAAGGUGUUCCCCAAAAACCUGCAGUGUCAAAAGCUCUCUGACGUAAAAUACCAAAUGACGAGUAUCAUGGACUUGUAAGACUUGUUUGUGGUUCUCAGCGCUUUUUAGUUUGCAGUUGUUUGAAGUCAACUGCUGGCUGUGUUCUUUUUGCUGAAGUCAAGAAGUGAUUUUUUUCCAUAAACCAAGAUUUGGCAGCGUUAUGAAACAAUUCAGCGCAAUGCUCUUAGAAUUUGAAUUCUAAAAGCCUUUUUCUAUUGGAAGUGUACUGCUUUAGACCCGUGAUAGCACAUUUUAAGGCUGGGAAACACAGGGCGAAAGUUCGUUCGAACGAGUUUCUAUGACAAAACCGCUUCGAGUGCGUCUUAAACAAUUAUUGCGGCUCAUUUUAUUGCUAGAAACGUGGCUUGAAUUCAAACCAGGAUUGAAUUUUGCGAUUUAUUCCGGGACGACUUUCUGUUGCCAAGACGAGGAAUUAAUUCGCUUAAUUCUCCUUGUUCCACGAAGCGAAAUCAAAUGUGUUGGCGAUUUGUCCCUUAAGCGUCGUGUGGCAAUGAAUUAUUGCCGUCCACCGUAUCCCAGCUUUAAGAAAGGAUGUAAGAUUUGUUAAUCGAAGUACAGUUUUUGGUUUAUAAAACUUUUGAAAUAAAUACAUGUACGAUUUUUAAAAUUUCGAAA